AUGGCGUUGUUAGCGUAUAUAUUGUUAACAUGGCUGAGUUUAGAGUUCGUAAAUUCAGAAAACACCACGUUGGUCGACGACACCUGUCAGUCGGAGCCGUGGGAGUCGGGCCCCUGGAGCGCGCUGCUCGAAGAGUGGGCGGUGACAACACCCAUGCAUUCCGACAGACAGGGUCGUAUCAUGGUGUUACCAACAAAGGGUUACUACGUGACGGAGCGUAUCGACGUACCCCUAACACCGCCGCCUCCUCCCCCGCCAGGGCGUCCGUUGCCCCCAGGAGCUCCGCCCCACGGUCAUCCUCCGCCUUAUGCUCCACUGCACCCUGAAUCGGCCAUGACCCCUGGUCCGACCAACCCCUCCGGCCCGCAAACCGCAGAGCCGGCCAUGUUCCCAGGCCUUCCGCCCUCUGGGUCACUACGUACACCGCCUCACAACUAUAACGAGUGGGAGCCGCCUGGCAGCAAGAUCGUGAACCGACCUCAUUCCCAGUUCAAACCCAGCUAUCCACCACCAAUGCCUGGGCACGGGCCACGUCCACCUCGGCCGGCUGCUGACCGCGUGGACGAACCUCCACGCAAGCAGGUGUCCGAGACCGACUUGUACUUGUUGGGCGCCAUCGAAAAGCUGGUCUACCGCGUCGACCUCAUGGAGAAGCGUCUGCGUAGGAUGGAGGAGAGCCUGCACUACGUACUGGCUGGCGCCGAUCUCAAGCCAGAGGCGUGUGCGGCGAACUUCACGCGGGCGGGCGGCGCCUGCCUGCACUGGUCCGCGGAGGCGCUGGACUGGCAGGCGGCCGCGCGCGCCUGCCGCCGCCUGCACGCCGCGCUACUGGAGCUGCCGGAGCCGGCACAGCGGCGCCGCCUCGUCUCACACGUGCUGGCAGACAACCAGCUCAGAGGUAACGACUUCUGGACCGGCGGGUUGAACCCGGGCCUGUUGUGGAUCUGGUCGCACUCCGGACGACCAGUGGAGAGCAACAAGAACGCCACCAACAGCAGUAGCAGCAUCGCGGGCGAGGGACGCUGCCUCGCGCUGGUCCACGACGCGGCGAUCAACUCCUACGUGUACCGCGGCAGAGAUUGUGCGCUGAAACACCGGUACGUGUGCCAGAAGGAAGACGACAAGGAGAAGAUCAGCAACGAAAUAGACAGGGUCGCGAGGAAGUUAAAAUCCAUAGAGAAGAGAAGGGCCAAGAUACUAUGGGAAGAAGACGUGUGA